AUGGCACCCAUACCCUUUAUCGGGCGGCUAUAUCCCUACGAAUACUUUGCCCUGGUCGCGUCUUUCCUCAUAGCUUUCCUGGAGCUCAUCGUACGCACUAUAACACUCCUCCUACCGACGCCGAUCAUUCGCAUAUUCUAUCGCCUGUCUCGAAAUGCCUUCAAUAGCCUCUCUUCGCCGUACUCCCGACGCGCCAGGAACCGGAGAAAGAAUGUCUCGAGUCCGCUAGCUCAAGCCCACGAUUUUGUGGAACUUUGCGAACAAUAUGGCUAUUUGGCAGAGGAACAUGUCGUGCAGACGAAAGAUGGCUUCCUGCUGGGCGUGCAUCGUCUGGCUUGGCGACGGGGCGAGGAGGACCAGCGAGUGAACAAUGGACCUGGCAGCAUUCAGAAAAAGGUCGUCUACCUGCACCACGGCUUGAUGAUGAACAGCGAGGUCUGGGUCUGUAUCACUGAGAAGGAGCGAUGUCUGCCAUUCUUGCUUGUUGAACAAGGCUACGAUGUCUGGCUUGGCAACAAUCGAGGAAACAAAUACAGCAAGAAGAGCUUGCAUCAUGGGCCAACAGAUACACAGUUCUGGAACUUUAGUAUGGAUCAAUUCGCCUUCCACGACAUCCCGGAUAGCAUCAACUAUAUCUUGAGUGCUACUCAUCAGCCAAGCCUGUCAUAUAUUGGCUUCAGCCAGGGCACCGCUCAAGCUUUCGCGACACUUUCAAUCCAUCCAGCAUUGAACUCGAAGGUGGACGUUUUCGUUGCGCUUGCACCUGCUAUGGCUCCUCCAGGCAUUGCGUCUGGUGUUGUAAGCUCUCUGGUCAAAUCGAAUCCUCAAGUCCUCUACCUUCUAUUUGGAAGACGAGCCAUCCUCGGUAGCACCACCAUGUGGCAAGCUCUUCUUUAUCCGGGCAUCUUCACCUGGGUUAUUGACAAGAGCCUGGCCUUCCUCUUUGGUUGGAAGAUGGCGAACAUCGCUCCGCAUCAAAAGCUUGCCGCCUAUCCGCAUCUUUACUCCUUCACAAGCACCAAGAGUGUGGUCCACUGGUUUCAGAUUAUCAGAAAUGGUACUUUCCAGAUGUUUGAUGAUGAAAUCACCAGUCCGACCAGCUUCAGCACUGGAAGCAAGUAUUACAAGGUCGCCAAGUUUCCCACGAGAAAUAUCAAGACACCAAUUGUGCUUGUCUAUGGAGGAAGCGACAGUCUGGUUGACAUCAAUGUCAUGUUGAAGGAGCUUCCAAGACAUACUGUCGCUAAAUGCGUGCCAAAGUACGAACAUCUCGAUCUGCUCUGGGCAAGCGAUGUUGAUACUCUUGUAUUUCCCCAUGUGCUUGAGGCUCUGGAAAGUUACGCGCUACCAUCAGAUACUAAAGGCCAAGCUCUAGGUUGGCAAACACGAACUCGGCCAAGCAUUUUCGAUACGACGGGACUGACACCCAAUGGCUCAGCGCCGCCUGGCUACUCAGAGGACGAAUCUGCUCGCAACCAUAGCAUGCCUCACACUCCAGCAUUUGAGCGACCGUCCACUGCGGAAGAGCAAAUGGAUGAGAGUGACGACGACGAUUCCGCUGAUGACAGUCCUUCAAGUCCCGAUGGACCGGUAGCAUUCACACCCAGCGCAUUCGCCUACUCUUCUCGUCCGCCAAUCUCUGAUGCUCGUUCUGCAAACAUUUCAAUAUCCAAUCCAGCUGUACGUUCUGCCUCUCGCUCUUCGCAUACCACGUUGACCUUACACGAGCCUAGGACGCGUCAAGCGCCGGCGUCUAAUGCGGGUGCAUCACGACAGCGAACAGCGACGGCCACAACAGAACAACCAGAAGGGUGGUGGUCAUCAACGAGCUCAUCUAUGGUCAGCUUGGUAGAGCCGGAAUCACCAAUUGUACCACAGCGGCAUCCUGCAAGACAGCGCUGA